AUGAAUCUACCAAUAUCCUUCCAUCCAUUCAAGUAUACGUAUACACAUUCAUACAGAGUAUCAUCCCAGGGACAAGCAGCAACCUUUACACUUAAAAAGAAAACAAAAGAAGGCAACAAAAAGCAGGCAAAAAUAUUCGAUGCCGGCUCUGACUGCCACCACGACAAGGGCGUUCUCAUCCCGGCUGCGCGAUGCAAGCAGGAGAGAGUAAAGUACCAAGGGCGGAGGGGCGGCGAAGGCGGAGAUUACAAGAGAGAUAAGAAACGAGAUAAGAUUUCAUCGAGGGGCCAUGCCACACCCUCGUGUCUCCGCUCCUCGGGAACACUUUAUAAGAGCCAAGAGCUGUCCAUCACCAUCGCUCCACCUCCAUCAUCCGAAGGGGAAGCUGAUAAACUCUCACAGCGGCGUAGGAUGAGAACGAUGAAAGACCAAGAACCGAAGAAGAACGAAGAAGAGAAAGACCAAGAAAAGACCAAGAACCGCCGAGAACCAAGAAAGACCAAGAACCGCCGAGAACCAAGAAAACCCAAGAACCGCCGAGAACCAAGAAAGACCAAGAACCGCCGAGAACCAAGAAAGACCAAGAACCGCUGA